AUGCGCGCCGCCCUCCUCUGCGCGCUGCUCGGCGUCGCCGACGGCCUGCGGACCUCCAUCGCGGGCCACCCCGUGCGCCGCGUCGACGACGCUGCCACGGGCCUCUUCGUCUACGCGCUCGGCGCGGGCACGGGCCUCCCGAGCCUCGCGGCCGCGCGCGCCGGCGCGAAAGUCCUCGCGACGGACCGCGACGCGACGUCGCUGGCCUACGCGGCGGCCGCCGCGGACGACCAGGGCCUGGCGCUGGCGACGGCCGUCUUCGACGUCGCGGACUUCGCCGCGCCGCUCCCGCCCGCGGACGUCGUCGUCGUCGCGGACGUCUUCGUCACGGACGCCGUCGCCGCGGCCUGCGGCCGGCGCGUCGGCGAGGCCCUGCGCCGCGGCUCGACCUGCGUCGUCGCCGACGCGCGGCGGAGCACGCGCGACGCGUUCCUCGCCGCGCUGCGCGCGGAGGGGUUUUCCGGCGCCUUCGGCGCGUCCGAGGACCCGCCGCUCCUCCUCCUCGACGGCGAAUAA